AUGCUUUUUACUUGCUUUUUUUCUUGCAUUUUCCUUGCUUUUGUCUUGCCUCUCCUUUGUUUUUUUCCUUGCUUUCCCUUGCUUUUUCCUUGCAUUUGUCUUGCUUCUUUGUUUUUCUUGCUUUGUCAUUACCUUUACUUGCUUUUUUUCUUGCUUUUUCCUUGCUUUUGUCUUGCGUCUUCUUUCUUUUUCCUUGCUUUGUCGUUGAUUUUCACGUGUUUUUCCGUUCAUUUUCUUGAUUUUACCUUGCUUUUUUAUUCCUUUUUCGAAUAUUUUCCUUGCUUUUUUUAUCGCUUUUCUUUUUUUUUCUUGCUUUUUUUCCUGCUUUUGUCUUUCUUUUUCCUUACUUUUUCCUUGCCGGUUCUUACUUUUUCCUUUUUAUUGCUUUUUCCUUGUUUUAUGAUUGCUUUUGUUUUGCCUUUUCCUUGCUUUUUACUUGAUUUCACCUUGCUCUUUUUCAUCUUUUUCCGUGCUUUUGUGUUGCUUCUUUGUCAUUUCGUUGUUUUUUCUUUGUUUUUUCUUGACUUUUCCUUGCUUUUCCUCGCGUUUUCCUUGCAUGUUCCUUGCUUUUUCCUUGUUUUUUUUUCUUGCUUUUUCCUUGGUUUAUCCUUGCCUUUUCUUUGGUUUUCCUUGCUUUUUUCCUGCAUUUUCCAUGCUUUUUUCUUUGUUUCGGGCUUGCAUUUUUCUUGCAUUUUUCUUGCUUUUUUCUUGCUUUUACUCGCUUUUCCGUGCAUAUUCCUUACUUUUCCUUGCUUUUUUUCGUUGCUUUUGUCUUGCUUCUUCUUUGUUUAUCUUUACUCUAUGUAG